AUGUCCGCCGACAAGUUUGGCAACGAUAUCCCCGACUCCGAGUCCGAGUCGGGCGACUCUGUCGACGAGCAGCAGAUUGACGAUGGCGCCGAGGACAUCCAGGAGAAGCCCGUCAAGUCUGCGAUGAAGAAGAACACCAUCAUCGCUGCCCCCGAUGCUACGCGCCCCGAGCUCCCCCCUCAGACAGAUCCCAAGGAUCUCGACGUCAAGAGCUUAACUCCUCUCACACCCGAAAUUAUCGCCAGACAAGCAACCAUCAACAUUGGUACCAUUGGUCACGUCGCUCACGGAAAGAGUACCGUUGUCAAGGCCAUCUCCGGUGUCCAGACUGUUCGUUUCAAGAACGAGCUGAUCCGUAACAUUACCAUCAAGCUUGGUUAUGCCAACGCCAAGAUCUACAAGUGUGAUAACCCCGAGUGCCCGCGUCCUACCUGCUACCGGAGUUACAAGAGUGACAAGGAGGUCGACCCUGCCUGUGAGCGCGAUGGAUGCAGCGGUACUUACAGACUCUUGCGCCACGUCUCGUUCGUUGACUGCCCCGGUCACGAUAUUCUCAUGAGCACCAUGUUGUCAGGUGCCGCCGUCAUGGACGCCGCCCUGCUCCUGAUUGCUGGAAACGAAACCGUCCCCCAGCCCCAGACUUCCGAGCACUUGGCUGCCAUUGAGAUUAUGAAGCUCGACAAGAUCAUCAUUCUUCAGAACAAGGUCGAUUUGAUGCGCGAGGAGGCCGCCCAGCAGCACUACCAGUCCAUUCUGAAGUUUGUCAGAGGUACACCGGCUGCCAAGUCGCCCAUCAUCCCCAUCUCUGCCCAGCUCAAGUUCAACAUUGACGCCAUCAACGAGGCCAUUGUCAACACGAUCCCUGUGCCUCCCAGAGACUUUACCCAGGACCCUCACAUGAUGGUCAUUCGAUCCUUUGAUGUUAACAAGCCUGGUGCCGAGAUUGAGGAGCUUAAGGGUGGUGUCGCUGGUGGCAGUAUUCUUCACGGUGUGCUCAAGCUCGGCGAUGAGAUUGAGAUCAGACCCGGUAUUGUGACCCGUGACGAGAAGGGCAACCUCCAGUGCAAGCCCAUCUCUAGCAGAAUUGUGUCUCUGAACUCGGAACUCAACGAGCUCAAGUACGCUGUUCCUGGUGGUCUCAUUGGUGUUGGUACCCGAAUUGAUCCUACACUCUGCAGAGCCGAUCGUCUGGUUGGUUUCGUCCUUGGUCUCAAGGGCCGUCUGCCCGCCAUCUACAGCGAGAUUGAGGUCAACUUCUACCUGCUCAAGAGACUUUUGGGUGUCCGAACCGCCGACGGCAAGCAGGCCAAGGUUGCCAAGCUGGCAAAGAACGAGGUUCUCAUGGUCAACAUUGGUUCGACGUCGACUGGUGCCAAGGUUUCCGCUAUCAAGCAAGACGCUGCCAAGCUGACUCUGACCUCUCCUGCCUGCACAAACUUGGGCGAGAAGAUUGCUCUUUCGCGCCGUAUCGAGAAGCACUGGCGUCUCAUUGGUUGGGCUACUAUCAACGCGUAA